CCUUCUAUGGUGUCAUUUUAAUCGUUUUUAUAUUGUAUUGAUAAUCAGGUGACAGACUGGUGGCUAGACGACAUGUACCUGAAGGUGCGGCUGCCCCUGCCGAUCAACUCCAACCCGGGGAUGGUGUUCCCUCGCAGACACUUCGCCAAGAUGGAGGAGGUCGCUGACCUCGGCGCGCUAUUUAUUGACGACCUAUUGGAUUAUAAGGAGAUGCUCGACAGAGGCGAGCUGCCCUUAGAGCGCGCGACCAGCCGGGAGAAAGGCCAACCCCUAUGCAUGGAGCAGUUCUACCGGCUGCUGGGCGGGUGCCGGGUGCCCGAGGUGGGCCGAGACCGCCUCGAGAUGCCCACCUUCAACCAGCAGGGCGAGCAGGAGGAGCUCGUCGUCAUCGCUGUCAGGAACUCGUUCUACCCAAUCCCAGUGAAGGCAGCAGACCGCGGGAGACUGACCCCAGGAGAGAUACAGGCUCAGUUGCUCCACGCCAUGGUAGGUGCUCAGGGCGCCCCGCCCGCGCCCAGGGUUGGUUUGCUUACAUCCAUGAACCGUGACCAGUGGGCACGCGCCAGGGAGACCAUCAUCAAAGACGACAACAACCGCAAUAACCUGGAGCUGAUCUCUCGAGCACUAUGCAUUCUGUGCCUGGACGAAGGCGGCGGAGACAUUGCGGGCGACGCCGACACCAGCGCCAUGCUGCGGGCCAUGCACGGAGCCGGCACCAAGUGGCACUCCGCCAACCGCUGGUUCGACAAGACCGUGCAGCUGAUCAUCUCCUCAGACGGCACUGUGGGUAUGUGCUACGAGCACAGCGCAGCGGAGGGCGUGGCGGUGGUGCGUCUGGCGGAACGUGCGCUUGCGCGGGCCGAGGUGGCAGGCAGGCCCGCCCCGCCGCCUGCGCUGCUGCCGGCGCCGCAAGCGAUGAGGUGGAACCUCACGCCAGAGGUCACAAGGACCAUCGACCAAGCUGGAAGAGAUUUGGACCGCGCCAUAGCAGACCUGGACUUCAAGGUGUACACGUACCGCGGUUACGGCCGCGAGUUCAUGAAGUCCUGCCGCACCAGCCCCGAUGUGUACAUACAGCUCGCCUUGCAAUACGCAUACUUCAAGAUGUACGGCUACCUAGUAUCAACGUAUGAGUCAGCGUCGCUGCGUCGGUUCCGCAACGGUCGCGUGGACAACAUCAGGUCAGCGCACAGCGCCGCGCGCGCCUGGGCGGCGACCAUGUGUACCGCCGAGCCUUCACCUAUGAAUGACAACGAUGACAACCAGAAGAAGGUCUCCUUCAAUCUUUAUGGGGAUCAGAAAAAACUGGAACUCUUCGAAGAAGCAGCCCGCAAGCAGACAGCCAUAAUGGAGGCGAACAUCCUGGGUCGAGGCAUAGACAACCACCUGCUAGGGCUGCGCGAGGCGGCGCGGGAGACCCUGGGGGAGCUGCCCCCGCUCUUCACUGACGCUACUUACAAGCAGAUGAUUGAGUACAAGCUCAGUACUAGCCAGGUGGCAACAACCACAGACGGCACAUCCAUGGGGUAUGGCGCAGUAGUCCCAGACGGCUACGGCUGCAGCUACAACCCAAAGAAGGAGUCCGUCAUCUUCUGCAUCAGCUCCUUCGUGUCGUCCAGCGUCACCAACACGGAGGCUUUCCGGCAGUCCUUGGAAGAAGCGCUGGACUCCAUGAGGCUCAUGUUCCAGAACCGCAAGGUCGAGAACUAGAGAUAAAUCCAAAGAGGUCUUUUGUGUUAUAUUUUUUUUGUCAAAAGAAUUUAAGUUAGGAAUUUUUGA